UUAACGCACAAAUUUUUGAUAACAUUUAAUAUUAUAUUGCAUGAUAAAUAUUUUAGUGGUGUCUUAUUGGACGUUUAGUGAUUUUAUAAUUAAUAUAUUUUUAUACGAAUUGAUUGGAUUUAUGUCAUCGCGGUUUGUGUAUUAUCUCCGCAUGAAUUUAGUGAAAAAUUGCAAUCGAGGUGCUUUAAUUAGGAUACGAAGAUAUUGCUUGAAAGCAACGUACCGCACAAGGUUUACUUUGAAAUAAAAUUUCAUCAUUGUGGAGCAUACGGUAAGAUUCGCCCCAUGCAUGGGGUGGGCAUGCUCAAUAGAACAUCAAUUUCAGCGGUCACCGAAUACUCUCCGGUGACCCUCAGCGGGGAAUGGCCCAAGGUGGGCCGACUGAUAUUCAUGGUGUUGCUGUCUACCAUCGGGACCAUCCUCAAUGGCUUCUUCGUGGCUUCCUUCUUCGUCGAGUACAGUCUCAGAAGAGUCGGCUUCGUCUUUCUCGCUUGCGUCGGCAUGGCAGAUUUGUGUAUUACUGCUUGCGUGAUGCCGAUAUCGUCCGUGGUACUUCUAUCGGGAGAGUGGGACAACCAGUAUGUUUGCAACGCACAACAGUUCAUUACAGUUUCUGCAACAUACUGCUACAGCCUAUUCUUUUUGUGCGUGGCAGUUGAAGACUAUCUGAGGCUGUGCUGCUCCCAGGCCGCGUACGAUAAGCUGGUUGCCUGCAACACCGCUUUCAUCACGGUGUUUAUCUUUCUCUUGAGCUUCACACUCGGUGCCAUUGGCGUGUACUUGGAUCUCGACUACGACUAUUGUAAGCGCGUCCACCUCGGCAACAGCUACUUCAGAGUCUUUUCAACCGGGCUAUUUCACGUUCUACCAUCCGUUUGCACCAUAUACUGUCUGAUCUCAUCGUACUUCGGAGUCCGCCGUCGCGCUAGGCAACAAAUAAGUUACAAGCGCUCCCUUGCUUACGGACGUGACAGCUCUAUCGCUAUGUUAAAUAUUAUUGCAUACAUGCUAUUUUUCUCGGCCUGGAUGCCGUAUUUGAUCGCUUCCAUCGAUUUACGGGUCGUGAGCGACGCUAAGUACUACAAUAGUGUUUGGGUUGGCGUCGGUCGUUCGGUGUUUACGAGCUUUAUGUACGGUAUCCUGAACCGAAACUUCCGCCGCGCCUUCGCUCACCUAUUUAACUAUUGCUGCUGUAAGAGCACACUGUCAGGACCGCUCGCGAGCCGCCACCGAAGGGAGUAUAGACAAGGGACCAGUGAUGUAAGGGUGCACAUCAUGCACCAGGCGGUUAGCACCAGCUCCCCUCAGCGAGCCAUUACUUCCAUCCGCGAAACUCAAGAGUUGUAAACUAAUAUCCAGUCGAUUACAUUACUUAUAUAUGUGCAUAAAUUAAAAGCUUACAAAAUAUUUCAUCACUAAAAAUACAGAAUUGGUGUUAAAAACCUAAAUAUAACUAUAUAAACCAUAUAGAUGUUUAGCUCGUACCUACGUGCUUAAUAAUUACUUUUAUCAACUGGAACUCUUUCUUAUUUUCGCUUUCAAAAGUAAAAAGAGAAUCUGAAUCCAUUGCAAGUAUCCCACUGUUUCCGUCCGCGUAUCUCGAGGUUCUGCAAAACUUUUAAACAAGUUUAAGUACCUACGAUGUUAUCUUAUUACCUAUCUAGUAAAUCAAAAUACCUAUGCUAUGAAAUAAAUGAAACGUGCUUAUCCAAUCUAAACUAUAUUUUUUCUAAAAAGGCAGCAUGAUAUAAAUCUAUGGAGGGUUAUAUAUUUCUAUGUAUAUUUUUCAUCUCGCCGCCUUUCCUAG